UCAUUCAGAUUAUGGCUCGUUGACAGUCCUCUUUCAAAAAGAUAUUGGUGGUUUAGAAAUUCUACCUCAUAAUUCUACAGAAUGGGUUCCCGUUCCUGUUAUUUCAAACCAUGUGGUAAUAAAUGUUGGUGAUUGUUUACAAUUUUGGACAAAAGGUUUAUUCAAAUCUAUUAAACAUCGAGUUGUUUGUCGUAAAGAUACUCGUGAUUUGGAUAGAUACAGUAUUGCAUACUUUUUUCAUGCUGGUUCUGAUAUUAUAUUAAACAGUAUUCCUUCAAAAUUAAUCCCCCAAGAAGAUAAUAAUACAAAAUCUAUUACUGCUG